AACAACAGUCACCUGCUAAUCCCCGACCGAACCGCACGCGCAACGAUCGAAAGCGAACAUCUAGUGCAGUGCCUAUUUUUUUAGUGUUGUGAAUUCGAUACGCGAAAAACCGGUAGCGAUAACGUGCAUCAGUAUUAUGUUCUCGGGCUUUUGAAGCCGCGAGGAACGAAUCAACAAUGUCGAUGUACAGAUUCGUCAAAGAGGGCAGCAGUAAGCGCCUCUUUGUUCAAGGCACUCUAGAAAAUGACGAUUCCAAACCACUUAAGUCGAGUUUGAAGAAAUCAUCUUCGUCAGUGGGAUCUCCAAUAACGACGAGUCUCAACCUCCCAAAUGUACCGAGGAGUUUGAGGGAGAGUUUGACAAGACAUGAGACAGUCUACGAUGGUAAUUACCCCGGUAUGGAGCGGAGUUAUCGCGCUGGUUCUUUUAAAGAAGAGAGUUACAAUGGCAGAAUAGUCCAUGACGGCAAUCAAACACAUUUCGAGUACGAUGGAGAAAGCGCUUUAGCUGUGCCGACUUCAGCCGGUGGUAGGGGCGUGUCGGAGUUGCAGGCGAUUCAUACGAACAAACGCAUGUCGACCGAGGUCCUCGGCUCAUCACUAGAGUCGACAAAGAUCUCGAAGAAAGAUGAGCAAGGGCAGCGAAGGAUCACUACCAGAAUUGUGAGGAAGGUGACCACGCUUACGCGAGGUGAAGAGAAGUCGUCGCUGGAAGACUUGAGGGGACGUGAGGUGCGUCGCUCCUCUGAGCGUUACAGGAAUUUGGAAAUCGAAUCGAGCUCACCGAGAAGAGUGAAGAUCUCGGACAUAGUAGUCGGACAGGAGCCGAACGUAACCGCCCGGGAGGCCCUGCUGAGCUGGGCUCGGCGCUCCACAGCCAAGUACCCCGGCGUGAGGGUCGCUGACUUCACCUCAUCAUGGAGAGAUGGACUGGCCUUCAACGCGCUCAUCCACAGGAACCGUCCUGAUCUGAUAGACUGGCGUAAUAUCAGAUCAAGACAAGCCCGUGAGCGAUUGGAGACAGCCUUCCACGUGGUCGAGAAGGAGUACGGAGUGACCAGACUUUUGGAUCCUGAAGAUGUGGACACACACGAGCCCGACGAGAAGUCUCUCAUCACGUAUAUAUCGUCGCUGUACGAGACCUUCCCGGAGCCUCCCGCGGUGCACCCGCUGUUCGACGCGGAGUCCCAGCGCAGGGCGGCGUCCUACACGGAGCAGGCCGCGCAGCACAGGUCCUGGCUGCACGAGAAGUGCUCCUUGAUGCAGGACCGUGCUUUCCCUUCAACUCUGAUCGAGAUGAAGAAGUUACUGAGUGAAAGCACCCGGUUCCGAAACGAGGAGGUUCCACUGCGGCAGAGAGAGAAGCAGAAACUCUUCCAUCAGUACAGGGAAUUAGAGAAAUAUUUCGAAACAGUCGGUGAAAUUGAAAUCGAGCCGACACUCCGACCCGAGGCGUUGGAACAGGCCUGGUCGCGACUGCUGAUGGCGCAGCAGGAGCGAGAGCGGGACCUCUCCGACGAGAUCCGGCGUCUGGAGAGACUGCAGCGAUUGGCAGAGAAGUUGCACAGGGACAUCAAACAAACGGAAAGUGGCCUGGACAGCGUGGAGCGACACAUAGAGAGUGAGAUACGGCGCGUGGAGCGUGGGGUUCACCCUGCCGAGGCAAAGAUGGCCGCCGAACAGAUAGAGACAGAGCUGAAGACCAUGGAGCUCACGAUACAGGAGAUGUUCCAGGACGUGCACGCGCUCAGGGAAGGCAGAUACCCGCAGUCCACUGAGUUGCAGAGGCGAGUACAACAAGUUCACGAUCGUUGGCUGAACGCGCGUCAGUCGUUCACGGGCCGACUUGUGCCCCGGCUAUCAUCAGUCCGGAUGCCAGUCCAGCAGACCACGGUGCGGCGCGAGACCAGGACGGUCCUGGAGACCAGGGUGCAUGAUGCCGACCCCAGGUUCCAACAGUUACAAGAUGCCACCAAGUGGUGUAAGGAGAGACUGAAAAAACUACAUGAAUCUGAUUAUGGCUCCGAUCUGCCAUCAGUUUUGCACGAGGUUGACAAACACCAGCGCGACCAUAAACAAAUAGACCAGUUUCAUUCUAAAGUGGAACAAUGCGUGCACAACCGCGCUAACUUCACCGGCGAGGAGUUGAACCUCUACAACCAGCACUUGAGUCAACUGCAAAAGCUGUACGCAGAACUGCUGUCUACCAGCACCAAAAGAAUGUCAGACUUGGACGCUCUCCACGACUUCCUGCAGUCCGCCACCGCUGAACUGAACUGGCUGAACGAGAAGGAGCAGGUAGAGGUGUCCAGGGACUGGGCUGAUCCUCACAUCAACCUGCCAGCGGUCCAGCAUUACUAUGAGCAAUUGAUGUCUUCGUUGGAGAAGCGGGAGUUGCAGUUCAGUAAUGUGAUUGAUAGAGGAGAAGCUUUGAUCGCGCAGCACCACCCGGCUAUGAAGACUAUAGAAUCGCACCUGCAGGUGAUGCAGUCUCAAUGGGCCUGGGUUCUUCAGCUAACACUGUGUUUGGAGACUCACCUGAAACACACAACACAGUACCACACGUACUUCGAACAGGUCAAAGAAGCAGAGAAGUGGAUACAAAAGCGCGAGGAAGCUCUGAACACUACGUUCUCGCAGUCUGAGUUCACAUUGGACCAGGGAGAGAGACUGCUGAAGGGCAUGCAGGAGCUGCGGGAGGAGCUCAACGAAGAGGGCGCCACCGUGUCUCGGUUGGUGGAGGAGGCCCGCGACGUGAGGCCAGUGAAGCAACGACGGGCCCCUCUCACGAGGCCGCUGAGAGCCGAGACCGUCUGCGCGUACAAACACGCCAACGUUGCUGUUGAGAAGGGUUCUUCAGUAACAAUUGUGGAUAACUCCGGGCGAAGUCGCUGGAGGGUGCGUCUGGGAGGAGCCGGCACCGAUGUGCAGCUGCCGGGAGCAGUGGUGGCCCUCCCCCCGCCCUGCCAGGAGGCGCUGGAUGCUGCCUCCAGGCUGAGGAAUGCAUACGACAGGGUGAUACAGCUGUGGCAGAGGAAACAGCUGAGAAUGCGCCAGAACAUGAUAUUUGCCACCAUCAAGGUGGUUAAAGGAUGGGAUUUCCCACAAUUUGUAGCGAUGGGCGCAGAACAGCGUCAGGCAAUCAGACGCGCUCUCAACGAGGACGCGGAGAAGUUAUUGGCCGAGGGAGACCCGGCCGACCCGCAGCUGCGACGACUACGACGAGAGAUCGACGAAGUCAACCGACUGUUCGACGAGUUCGAACGACGAGCUCGCGCUGAGGAGGACUCGAAGAAUGCUGCUCGUAUCUUCACGGAGCAGUCGUCGAACCUUCUGGAGCGUCUGGAGUUAUACGAACGACAACUACACGAGAGGAUUUCGAGCCACAUCCCUCGGGAUCUGGAUUCCCUGGAGCACCUGGUACUCCAGCACAAGGACUGGGAGAGCAGCCUGCUGGCGAUGUCUUCUGAUGUGGAGGAAGUGCAGGCCACUUUCAGAGGCAUUGCCCUGAAGACACCGGCGAUGAAGAAGAACCUCGAUAAAGUAAUGGGCAAAUGGAGCGACUUGCAGUCCAAGAGUCAACUCUUUGUGGAAAGAUUAAAAUAUGUGGAAAUUAUUAUAACAAGUAUGGAGGAGAACAACCAGACGAUAUCAGAGUUUGAGAUCAAACUGGCGCAGUUCCAUGAUCUGCCCAAUGAUGUUCAGCUCAUCAAGGAUAUGCACGAAGACCUCCUGCGAAUGCAAGUGGCGGUCAGCAAGCAACAGAUGCAAGUAGACCAGAUGAACGAUGACGCCGAGAACUGCCGGCGCCUGGUGGAGAGCUCCAGGGCCGCGCUGCCGCGUGCGGGCCGGCACAACGACCUGGAGCGGCUGGACAAGGAGGUGGCCCAACUCAACAGCAGAUGGAACAGCGUCUGUUCGCAGUUAGCUGAGAGGUUACGAAGCUGCGAAGCGGCUUAUCAACUCCUGCGCAAUUACAACGCUGGCUUUGAAAAGGAAGCUGAAUGGAUCGAUGAAUCCUAUAGCAAGUUGCAAUCGCAGCCACCCAUCGACAUAAGACCGAAAGAACAAUUCGAACCGACACGGAAUCUUCUUACAAGUGUUGUGGAAAGGACACCGAAGAUUGAAAAGGUUAAUGUUGAUGGCGGCAGGUUCAUUCGAGAAGCGAAGAUACAUACAUCGAGAUGCCAGCGUUAUGUAGAAUGGCUAUGCGAGGAGAUACAUCCGUCGCUGGACGUCAAACAGCUGAAACGUCAGGCUGACAUUGACAUAGCGGAGCGCCUGCGCAGUAGAGGGAGGACGGACUUGAUCAGUGACGGGACCGGAGCUGACGCCGUAGCGAGAGAGUUGGACGAGCUGAACGCUAAACACCAGCGGCUGUUGGAUUUGUUGUACGAGAGACUGAGGCGAAUAGCGGCCGCCAAUCCUGGAGAUAUUGUUACAUUGCGCCUCGUGGAGGCAAUGGCGCCGCGUUCAGCGCGAUCGUUCCGACAGGAAUUCAAUAUGCAGGACGUGGCCACGACAGAACACACUUAUUCUACUCACUACACCACGGAAAAAUAUGUCAGGACAUCACAUGCUACAGAGUUAGACGGACCACCAGUCAAAUCUAUGACCAAUGGUAAACUCAAUUCACCGAACUAUUCUACAAAAACUAUUAUAAGUGAUGAGGAUCGACCUGACCUGAGGAAUCUCAAACGAGUCCACAAGAUGUACGAAGGGCCAAAUAUAAUUGAAUCUAAAGGUAUCGUUCAUCCGGAAACUAAGGAGAUUUUGACCGUGGGGCAGGCCAUCAGUAUGAGGAUCCUUGAUGUACGUACCGGAAGAUUACUUUCUUCCCCAGAAACCAGACAGACAAUUAGCAUUGAACAAGCUGCUAAAGAAGGUCUUAUUGAUCCCAAAUUGGCCGCAAGAUUGACCGGACCUUGCGGUAUGACAGAAGAUGGAAAUGAAGUUACUUUAUUAGAAGCUAUUCAACGCGAACUGUAUGAUGCUGAACAAGGUCUCUCAGAUCCGGCAGAAAAAAGAUUUAAGGUGACUAUUGAUUCGCAGCCAGUUCAAGGAAUGAGUAUAUCAGACGCAGUAAACCGCGGCCAAGUUGAUUUACAGAGAGGAAUAUAUAUGUUGCCCAAUGGAAAUACAAUUCCUAUUGCCGAAGCUUACCAACGAGGCUACCUUAUCUACAAUGAGAUUAUUAAAAUCAAAUCGAGUGCUCUGUCUUUAUCGGACGCGAUUAGUCAUGAGUUAGUUGAUAGUAAUGGCUGGAUUUUGGAUCGGAAUUCAGGCGAUAGAUUCCAGUUAGACCUGGCGAUUAAAAAUGAACUAAUAAAUCCAAAUGUCAGGGAAAUUUGUGACCCUAAAAAUGACACAAAAAUCACACUGUUAGAAGCAAUGGACAAAAAUAUUAUAAAUAUAAAACACUAUAAGUACAUUCAUAAUAUAACAAAAGAAAGGCUAUCUUUUAAAGACGCCGCUUACAAAGGUUUUAUUUGUAAGCCAAUGACGUUAAAAGACAUCUGUGAUAAGAAUUUGAUGACGAACGACGGUAAAAUACUAUCUCCAACUAAUAGAACGCCAUUGACGAUACUUGAGGCAAUGUCGAUGGGUAUCCUUGAUAGUGAGAGUAUUAAAUGUAUAACGGACACGACAUCCGGUCAACUGCUUAAAUUAUCAGAAGCUCUAACUGCUAAGAUUAUUUUGCCUGAUAAUAAGUUCCGUGAUAACCUAACUGGUGAAAUAUGCACUAUACCUGAGGCUGUAGAUCGAGGUCUCAUUACAUCAGUUUCCCAAAAAUCUAUAUUUGAUAUAGACGGCUUUCGAGAUCCAAAAACCGGAGAGUUCGUUUCAUUUAAUACUGCCCUUAGUAAAGGAAAUAUUAAAUAUGUUAACGGAGAAACAUUCCUAAAAGCCGAAAGUGGUGAUUUUGUUUAUUUAGAAGAUUGCACAAAAGUAUUAAUAGUCCGUCCUGAAGUACUUGAAAUGUUUAAUCGUAAAAUAGGUAUUUUUGAAGACGAUAAAGAACUAACUGUAUUAGAUGCAGUAUUUAAAAAUAUUCUCGACCCAAAAUCUGGAUAUUUGUUAGAUUCAACUUCUAAAAAACCAAUUCCAUUUAAUAAAGCUGUAGAAAUAAAUAUGAUAACACCUGAAGGUGCAGCUUUGCUGAAUUCACUUUUAAAUAUUACCUUGACAAUUCAGACUGUUACUAAAACUGUAAAGAGGUACGUAACUGUUACAAACACUAACGAAAUUAAUAAAUCUGAAACUAUCAUUACUUUCUCUGAUGCAGUACGACGUGGUUUAAUAGAUGAGUCCACACAAACAUUUACAGAUCCGACAACUGGCACAGUGCUUUCCAUACAACAAGCACUAGAUGAGGGUAUGUUAGGCGUGGAUCCUACUGAACCUCGUAUUGCACAAAUUCCUGACCGUAUAUCUAAGAAAAGUCUCCCAGAACAGGUUGUUGAGUUAAAAAUAACAAAAAAAUCAUUUAUAAAAGAUUUGCCAACUAGCCCGGAAAGUAAAUUGCAUAGAGAGGACCGUCCUGAAACGAUUAAAAGUCCCGAUGAGACCACAAAAGCAUCUCACCAAGAGUUCACUAGAGAAAUUAGAACUCUAACGUCCAGUUCUGUAGUUAAUAUACCAUCCAUGCCCUCAUUAUCAAUAAAGAAAAACACAAUCGAUCUUCCAAAUGGUGGUUGGUCCUUAAAAGAGUCCAUUGAUCAGGGUCUUUUUGACCCUGCUAACGGCACCUUUGUAAUACCUGGUACUGAUAGAGUUCUAGAUCUUAAAGAAGCAAUUAAAUUAAAUAUAAUAAAUCCAGAAUCCGCUAUUGUAAGUGAUCCGAAAACUAAAAAUGACUUAUUGUUAGAUAUAGCGAUGGAUGUUAAUAUUUUAGAUUCCAAAGGGCAAUAUAAACUUUAUAAUGAAUUUAUAACCAUGAAAAGUGCUAUUCAUCGUAAAUUUAUUCGAUUUACAACACUUAAUAGUGUAUCCACUAUUCAAAAGGUUCUAACUAUUACCUCCAUCCCUGGUGUUCCAGAUAAAAUGGAAAUAUCUGAAGUACCUAACCAAACAUCCGGCAUUGUUAUUUCUGAUGAUCAGACCAUAUUAGAACCAGUACAAAUAGAGUCUGGUAUCAUAUACGAUCCCGAUACCGCUUUAGUAAUAUCUACAAAUUCAAGCACAUCGGAAAAUAUUAUAGAAGCUGUGGAACACGGUACAGUACCACACAAUUUAGUAAGUGUUUUACACCCCCUUACAAAUAGUAUGAUAUCAGUUACGCAGGCAUUAAAUGAAGGAGUUAUUGACAGGAAAACUGGUGACUAUAAAAAUAAAUUCGGUGAAAAAGUAAGUUUAGCUGAUGCUGCUAAAAUAGGUUUAAUUGCGGUUUUAGGGGCCCCGUUGGUUGCAACAUCGAAAGCUAUACAAGUGGUUCGAAAUACAAUGGUGGUAGAUCCAAAAACUGGAGAGAAAUUACCAAUGGAAGUAGCUUACGAACGAGCACUGGUUGAUGAUGUCACCUACAGGAAAUACGAAGAUUCUCUUAGAGGGACGACUUCUUAUGAUAGUGAAACAAAUAGCUCAAAAGCAUUGCCUUCUCAAGGAACGUUAACGAAAUCUUCAAACGUCGUAGUGGUAGAUCCAUCGACUGACCUGAAACUGCCAUCUGACGAAACCCAUAAAAAGGGCCGUCUUGAUUUUGAUACGUACAAUAAAUUCAAAGAAAAUAUUUCGACAUCGCCUUCAGAUAAAUCAUCAGGGACUAUAAUUGAUUUACAUAAAGUAUCAAAUUCUUCCAAGCCUGUGUCAAUUGAAGCUGCUGUAUCGGAAGGUUUUAUAACAGUGGAAUCAAUACAAAAUAGUCUUUCCAUGAGUAAUAAACCAACUGCAAAAAAAGCUACUUCUGUGACGAAUGAGGAUAUGUCUGCGGAUCUAGUUAUGUUACCUCAGUCCAUAUCCGAAAAAGCACCUAAAUACAUCGUCAAUAAAGAAAUUUCACUUGUUAAACAAAAUUUGGAAACGAGACCAAAAAUGUUACAAAAACUUAGGAAACGAGUUACAUCGACGUCAGAAGCGAUUGAACAAGGUUUGAUUGACAUUGGAACUGCUAAGAUGUUAGAUGGUGUGAAAAUGCAUACAGAGAAAAACGGAUCCCCUAUCAAUCUUAAAAAAGCCGUAGAAAUUGGUUUAAUUGAUGUAAAUAAGGGUCAAAUAAAGGAUCUAGUACACGAUGAUAUAAUAAAUGUAAGACAAGCUAUCGAACGGGGCAUAUUAGAUGAAACUGGUCAAAAUGAAAUUUUAACACCAAUAUGUAGAAGUCUAACUAUUACUGAAGUAUUUGACCAAGGUCUUAUUGAACCUAGUACAUUAAAAAUAAUUCAUCCAGAAACGGGUUCAUUACUAAGUAUAAGAGAGGCAAUAAUCUGUGAUAUAAUAGAUCCACUUUCAUCAAUAACUAUAGCACCAGGUAAGGUCAUAACAAUUGGUGAAGCUAUAGAACGCAAUAUAAUAGACAGUGAAAAAAAUACUGUUAAGACAAUUAAUGGUGACAUAGAUUUAUUAACAGCUGUCAAUCAACAUAUAUUUCCCGAAUCAUUUGUUGCAUCAAAUAUUCCACCAGCUGCUAUGACUUUACCAGUAGCUAUUAAGUACAAAUUAUUGGACCAGAAAACUGGUACUCUGAAACACCCUGUUAAAAAUGAAAUUGUACCCAUUGGUGACGCAAUUACAAAAAAUUUGAUAAUGCACAUUCCUUUUCCGGAAAGCCCAUUAGCGAUCACUGUUCCAGAGGCACUGGAGCAAGGUUCGGUUAAUUUUGAACAAAAUAUUUUCACACAUCCUAAAACUAAAGAUGUUCUUUCGAUUGAUAAAGCAAUUGAACAGGGUAUUUUGAUAGUCAAACCAAAUACAGAAUAUUCGGUAGAAGAUGGAAUUAUAACGACUAUUACGGAAACAUUUACUUCACAACAUACAGUGACAACAAAAAUGAUUGAAUUAUUGACAGAUUAUGUUUUAAUUAACGCACAUGAAGUACAGAAUAUAAAAACUGGUGAAAUAUUAUCAAUGGAUGAGGCACGACGUCAGGGCAUUGUCCGUGAUGAACACAUUAAUAAAAAACAAUUUACGACUAACGAAGCAAGUAUUAACUUUAACGAUGCUGUUAAUCUUGGAUAUAUUAAUAUAGACACAGGCACUUUUACACAUCCUGAUACUGGAGAAAAAUUCACGAUCACAGAUGCUGUAAAUAGUGGUUUGAUUAACACUGAGAUUUCUGAUCAAAUGAAUUUUGAGUCACAAAAGCGUGAAGUAAAAAUGUUAGAUCUCAAGGAGGCUUUUGAUCUAUUGUUCGAUGAAAAAUCACAAAAGUACAGAGAUCCUGAUUCACCAAACAAAGUUAUCACUUUAGAAGAAACAUUACGACGAAAUAUAAUAAAUCCUGAGUCAAUUAUUUACGAUGUAACUGCUGGCAAACCGAUAAUGGUUAAAGAAGCUAUUAAAACUGGACUUAUUGAUAAAGCAUCUGGAAAACUGACGGAUCCUGAAUCUGGAAAGUCUAUUGAUAUUAAAAAUGCUGCUAAGUUGGGUUUAAUUGCAGUAAUAGCAGCCCCAGUCCUGGCAGGAGCGGCUGUUAUACAGGGUGCGAAGUCUAUGACUUCUAAAAUUAUGAAAGCUACAGAUGAUAAUAAAUCUUCCAAAACCGAUUCUACAGACACAGCAAAUUUUGAUAAAAAUAUCAAUAAAAAUAAAGUUAAUGUAGUCAGUGAACAAGUUCAAUUAGCCAUUGAAUCCAAAUCUGAAUCUAAUCAAAAACCUAAAAUUGAUAAACACGCUGAAAAAUACCAAGAUAGUAAAGAUAGUGCUUUUCCCAAACAGACAGAUAUUAAACAACAAUCCAAGGAUGCAAAACUGACUGUUGAUAAAUUACUGCCACGUCUAUCAGACUUAAAUAAAACAGUUGAAUUUCUACCCAGUGGAAAGAAGGAAUCGGAUCUGGCGAUUAAUAGUUCUAUAGAGGAAUCAAAACAGGACUCGCCUAAGAAUUUCAAUAGUAAUGAUUCAAGUACUAAAUUGACAGGAACUAACAAAGAACUACAUACUGAAACGCUUGACGUCUCCAGGCCUUAUAUGAUUACCCCAACUCAUGAUUUAGUUGAACAAUCAAUUUCAAAUGCAUCACCAUCGUUAAUUAAUAUAAAUGCAGAAAAAAUUUUUAAUCAAAACGUUUUUGGUAUUUCUUUGCAAAGAAAUGAUAAAAUUAAUAAACCUGAAAAUGAUUCAUCUGGAACGACUGAACAAAUCAAAAACAGCAAUAUCGUUUUCGAGAAAUCUAUUAAUACUGUCCCUACAUUGCCGUCGCAGAGUAUGUCUCAUAUUGUAGAAAUAGCUCCAGGGAUUACUUAUGACACCGAAGAAAAAAUCGUUGUAACAUCUGAAAAUAAGAAAAUAUUUGAUAUUUUUUCCGCAGUUAAUGAAGGAGUUAUACCUUCAGAAAUAAUAACCAUAUUAGAUCCUAAAGCUAAUAAACAUAUAAGUUUGUCCGAAGCUAUAAACAAGGGAAUCGUUAAUAAAAAUACGGGUGAAGUAAAGGAUCCCAAAGGAAAAUCUAUAAACUUCCUUGAUGCUACUAAAAUGGGCCUUGCAGUAAUUGUUGGUGCUCCUGUUUUAGCUGCAUGUAAAACCGUAGAUAUGGUUAAAAAUGUCGUGCUUUCAAAAGAACCAGAAAAGGUCUCAAUCGAUAAAGAAAAUAAAAUAGUAGCAGAGUCUGACAAAAACAAAUCUAAACCUGAUUCAGAUGAAGAAUCCCUUUUGCGUAUGACGAAAACAGGGACCAAAAAUUCUAAAGAAGUGUCUGCUCUUCUUAUAGAUUCUGAAAAGCAACCUCUGAGAGCAAUUGAUGAAAUCACUGAACAAAGCUCAACUAAAAUUAAGACUGAACCUGAAAAAAUUAUGUUCGAGAACAUUCCACUAGGAGAUGCAAUUAGCCAAGGUAAAAUCGAACCCAAAAUUUGUAGAAUUAUAAUGAAUGGUGCUGAACAUCCACUUACAGUGCAAGACUCUUUAGAUCAAAAUCAAAUAAGUCGCUUUAUGCCUAUAGAUGUCAUUAAUAAAAAUUCUAUUAUUGUUAGAGUGACAAAUCCCAAAUCUUCCGUCUCUAUAUCAAACAAAUUAACUCCUGAAGAACUUUCAGAAAUAGGUAUUUUUGAUAUAGAAAAACAAAUUUUCAUUCAUCCAGAAACGGGUUCAAAAAUUUCAUUCGAAGAACUUGUUUAUGGUUUACGAAUAUUUGAUCCUAGUACGAUUUUAGUUAAAGAUCUAAGUUCGAAGUCUAUUAACUAUAUUUCGUUUGAUGAGGCUAUUUCAAAGCCUAUUAUAGACAAGACUAGCGGUCAUAUGGUAAAUCCAAGGACGGGUAAGCGAGUCCCAUUCGUGAAGUGUGUCCAAAUAGGUUGGAUUGUUAAAAAACCAGAAGACGUCACUAUAUCAGAGCAAAUUACUUUAGAGUCCGCUUUAGAACAAGGACUGAUAAAUACCAGUACGGGAGAAAUUAAAAAUGUACAAGCGAAUGAGUUUGUCCCAAUCUCUCAGGCAAUUCAGGAUGGCAUUAUUGAUUAUGAUUCUUUAUAUAUUACGAUUCCGGGAUCAAAGGAUAAAAUCUGCUUCUCAGAUGCUCUAGACCAAGGCGCCAUCAAGAUUAAUGAUUGUUUCAUUACAAUUGUUGAGACUAAAGAGGUAAUAGAACUCACUGUUGCCUUAAAACGUGGGGUUAUUACAUUCACAAGACGACCGGUAUCAAUUAAAGCUGUAAUUGAUAAAGAGCUGUAUGAACCUAAUUCUGGUAAAAUAAAAGACGUUGCAACUGAACAACUGGUCACCAUAGCGGAUGCGUUAGCUCGUAAUAUUUUACAUCCAACUAUUUCAGAAAUAAAAGAUACUGUUUCUGAGCAAUUUGUACCAUUGUCUGAGGCUUUAGAAACUAAAUUAAUCAAUCCAGACACGGGGAAAGUAACAGAUAAAAAGUCUGGUCAAGUCAUUCCAUUGGAUGAUGCCGUGAAUAGAGGCCUUAUUGCAACUAAAGAUGUAACUUAUUCUUUGUUUGAUAUUGUUGAACUCGGUUACUACUCUCCAGAUACAGGAAAAAUUAUGAAUCCAAAAACUGGCAAUACCAUAACUUUAAAGGAAGCUAUUCAGGACAACCUUGUGGACCCUUCCAACGUUAAGAUUAAAGAUGAUAAAUCCGAUAUCGUUGUUCCAUUCAAUGUGGCUAUGAAAAAUAAUCUUAUUGAUUUAGAAACGGGAUAUAUUACAACACCCCUCAUUAACUUAAAAGAUGCAUGCGAGAAAGGUUACAUGAUCAAAGAUGAGAAGCCGUGGACUUUACAGGAAGGCUUAGUCCAGGGAUUUUAUGACCCCGAUACAGGGCUUUUGACAAUAAAUAAUGAAACAAUGACCUUAGAGGACUCAAUAAAAAAUGGUAAUAUAAAUCCAGAGGCACUUACAGUCAAAAAUUCUGUUUCGGGAGAAAUAAUAUCCCUUAAUGAAGCGAUCAAAACUGGCAUUAUCGAUUCUAAAGAAGGAAAGGUAAGAGAUCCAGUUCAGGGUGACAAAAUAUCUCUUACUGAUGCUUCAGAACGUGGACUUAUUGUACCUGCUAAACGAAAACUUAGUUUGCCCGAAGCCGUUUUUAAAGGAUUUUAUGAUCCAAAAACUGGAAAGUUUUCGCACCCACAAAGCAAAGAAAAGGUUCAGACUGACAGAGCUAUUAGAAAACGUAUGAUUGAUCCCCAAUCCACGUUAGUACAUAUUGGCGGAAAAGUUUUACCUUUUGAAUUUGCUGUUGAUAAAGGAAUUGUAGAUGGAAGAACUGGCACUAUCAUUUUAGGUGAUGAGAGAGUAGAUUUUCGGGAAGCCUUUGAAAGAGGCAUACUAGUAGAAGUACGUAGACCGCUUUCACUAAUUGAAGCACUCAACAAAGGUAUUUAUAAUGAAAUUACUGGUCUAUUUAUGGAUCCACAAAGUGGUAAAAAGUAUACUCUGUCGGAGGCAAUAAAACGAAAUGUUAUUGACCCACACUCUGUUUAUAUACAAGAUAAUAGACUCGGUAAAUGGGAUAAAAUUAGUGUUACGGACUGUAUAGAAACCGGUGUUAUUGAUGACGGUACUGGUAAAAUAAAAAAUAUAAACAAUGGUGACGAAGAGGUUAGUCUUCGUGAAGCAUUUGAAAUAGGUUUACUAGUAGAUGGCAAAGCUCCAAUAAGCUUGCAAAGAGCUCUGCACCAAGGCCUUUAUGAAGAUAGUACUGGUAAAAUAAUUGACCCUACGACUAACCGCAAAAUAACAUUACAUGAAUCCAUCAGGCGUUCUAUUAUAAGUCCUAAAUAUCUUUGUUAUUUCGAUAAAAAAUCUGAAAAGCCAUUGACCUUAGCGGAAUGUUGCCGCAGCGAAAUUAUUGACCGUCGUAGUGGUAAAUUUAAGGAGCCUGGUUCUGAUGUUCUCAUAACACUUUCCGAAGCAAUGAGCUUAAGCCUUAUUGUAGACAUUGAAAGUGGAGGGUUUUCACUAUACGAUACUCUUUCAAUGAAUAUGUAUGAUAUAUCAGAGUUUGUAUUCGUGCAUCCUGUUACUGAACAAAAAAUAUCUCUUAAAACUGCUGUCGAACAGGAACUUAUAAAUCCUGAAACGUCUCUUAUCAAACAUAUACCUUCAAGUAAAUAUAUUAAUCUGCCUGACGCUCUUAAAACUGGUAUAAUAGAUGAAAAUAAUAGUGCAUACAAUUUACCUAAUGGUAGUCGAAUUAAUUUGUUAGACGCGAAGCAUCGCGGUUUAAUUGUUACUUCAAAGAAAAAUUUAAGUUUAGAAGAAAUCAUUAAAAAUGGUUUGUUCCGAGCAGAUAAUGGUAAAAUAGUAGAUCCAAAUAGUAAUGAAUUUGUUGAUAUAAUAAAAGCAAUCGAAAUCGGUCUAAUAAAUCCUGAUCUUACAGUCGUAAAGGAUAGUUCGACUGGUAAAUUUAAACCUCUUAGUAUUGCAAUAAAACAGGGCGACGUUGAUGUUAAUAAAGGUAGAGUGCUUGAUACAAAAGCAAAGAAAUCAUAUAAUCUCGAUAUUGCUUUUGACAAAGGGUUGCUUGUUACUGUAGUGCAACCCCUUACAACGCAAUCUUUGUCUAAGCGUUAUAUACCAGACACAUCUGCUUCCAAAGACGUUAUGCUUCGUGAAUUCACACUGGACGAAGCAAUUAAAUAUGAGUUUAUUGACCCAAAAACUGCGUUAAUUAAAGAUCCUCGUAAAAAUAAAUACAUUACCCUUGAUCUCGGCCUCACUGAAGGCAUAAUUGAUAAAAAUUCAAAAGGCCUUUUUGAUCCACAACGAGUUAAUACUCGUUGCAUCACAUUUGAAAAUAGCUUAAUUGUUUAUUUAAUAAAACCCAUAUCGUUUGAGGAAGCUAUUGAAGAAGGCUAUCUGAAUAUAAAAUCUGCCCGUUUUACCGAUCCACAAUCUAAAGAAAUACUUUCGAUUAAAGACGCUGCUAUAAUGGGAUAUAUAGAUCCAGACACUGCGCUCAUAAAAGAUAAUUUAAAGAAGAGGUUAGUCAAACUCCCUGAUGCGUUUCGAAAAGGGCUAAUGGAUGCUGAAAAGGGCAACAUAUUAGACACAGAAACUUCUAAGCUGAACACCUUAAACGUCGCUAUAGAGACAGGUCUUCUCAUGACACCUAAAAAAAGUUUCAGUUUGAUUGAAACGAUUAAUUUUGGAAUAUAUAAUCCGACAACCGGAGCUCUUAAUGAUCCAUUUAUAACGACCAGCGUAAUGGACAGAAAACGUUUAACAUUAGGUGAAGCCAUUCAACAAGGUAUCGUUGAUCCCUCUAGCACUGUUGUUAAAGAGCCAGAUACUGGAAAAAUAUUGCCAUUGGUUCAAGCAAUUGAGCAACAACUAGUGAAUCCGGUGGAAGGAAGAUUGACAAUUGAUCCUAAGAAAGGCAUUAGUCUCGAUUUAGUCAAAGCUUUUAAGAAAGGAUACUUGCUGCCAGCAGAAACGAGGCAAGCAGUAGAGGAGAAGUACAGGCUUUGUGAUGAGACGCUCUCGACGUUGCUGGAGUGGAUCGCAGCUGUGGAGGAACGGCUGGCCAACCAAGAGGCGGCUAAAGAGGAGAUGGACGAGCUACGCAAUCAAAUUAAUACUCUGAAGUCGAUCAAAGAUGACCUGGAGAGUCAUCAACGCCAAGUAUCGGCCUGCGCUGAUCAAGCUAAACAACUCCUGGUGUCUGGUAGCGAUGUGCUGGCACCGCAUGAGGUGGCAGCAUUGGAGCGAGGUGUCAGGCAGCUCAAGCAGCGCUGUGACAAGUGCACGGACAAGUGUGACAAGAUGCUGCGGAGACUGUUGGUCGCCAGGGACGAGCUAGCCAAGUUUACAAAUGAACUAAACAUAUUUAACACAUGGAUGGAGAGCGCAUACCGUACCCUGGAGGAUAAGGAGGUGGCGCUGUCCAAGGUGGAUAAGCUGACGGGGCAGAGUGAUGAUGUGAGGGAGUUUGUGUCCGAUGUGAUCGCACACCAGGCCGACCUGCGUUUUAUUACGAUGGCUGCUCAGAAGUUCGUCGAUGAGAGCAAGGAAUUCCUGAACGUGUUGAACGACUACCGCACCUCAUUGCCGGCGCGUUUGUCGCACGUGCCCGUCCCCGUGGACAGCGCGGUGCGGGAACAAGCCGGCCUGGCGAGGCGGCGGCACGCAGAUCUAGCCGCCCGGGCACAACGCCUGCUGGACCGGAUCAGAACGGCUAGUGACGGCUCGGCUAGAUACAGAGACGCCGUGCAACGAGCCCAAAGAUGGAUGCAAUCUGUGGAGCCCCAAGUCCGUUCCGUGGUGUCGGAAAAUGUGGGAGGUGAGCCACGUGUGGUGGAGACUCAGCUGUCGAAGGCCAAGACUCUGCACAGCGAGAUUCUGUCCCAAGGACGCCUCAUCGAUAACGCUAAGGAGGCAUGCGAUCAACUAGUGAAAUCACUGGAAGGUAACUUGACUCCCUCUGAAAUUCGUCUCCUGGAAGUGCCAGUGGUGGAACUGGUAGAGCGGUACGGAGAGAUGAGUGAGGCCGUGGCCGCCAAGUGCGGGGAAUUGGAGGCUGCCCUGCUGCAGCGACAGGGUCUGCAAGAUGCUAUGGAGACGCAAGCGCAAUGGCUCUCAUCGGCUGAAAACGCCUACAAGAGUGAAGCGAAGGGUGCGUCCCUAAUGCGCCCCCGACUGGAGGAGCAGAUCCGGGCGCAGAGAGCGACCCAGGCCGAACUGGAGGCGCGAAGGGCGGCGCUACUACAACUUGCGGCCAACGCACGCGGCAACAGACUGGAGACACGAGUGGACGAUAUAUACGCGAGAUACGAGAAACUGUUAGAGCGCUCAACCCAACGCGGACAGUUCCUCGACGAUGUGAUGUCCGAAGUGAUCCACUUCAACCAACAAGCGGAGAAGCUGGAGUCAGCGCACACUCAGCUCAUGGAGCUGUCAGACGCUCGAGACCUGGCCAGGAUGUCUGGUGACGAGCUGUCUUCCAGGCUGGCUGAUUUAGCACAUUCAAGAGACAAACAUAUGCCACUCCUAGAGGAAUGUCUUCGCAAUGGCAAACAGCUGCUCGCCAAGAAAGAUGUCACUGACACUCAUGUUGUCAGGGACAGAAUGAAGGCGCUGGAGAAUCAAUGGCGUGACUUCAAUACAAGUCUGGAGGAAAAACAGAAGCUCUCGAAACAGAGAUCAGAUCAACUCAACCAAUACGAGACACUGCGUGCUCAGGUGUUAGAAUGGCUGCAGAGGAUGGAAUCCCGGGUUAACCACCUUCGGCCCGCAGCUAUCGACCUGGACAUUCUCAAGCAGCAGCAAGAUGAGCUCCGACCUUUGACCAAGGAGUACAGAGAUUACACGCUCACUAUAGAUAAGCUGAACGAGGUUGGUGCUACGUACGAAGCGAUGUCUCGCGGGGAUCGUGCGGAGUCGCCCCGACGUAGACACGUGUACAGUCCCACAAAGAGACACACGCCCAGCAGGACUAUAGACACUCGCUCCCCGUCCCCCGGUAAGACCGGCGUGGUGAGCUCGGCCUCAGCACACUCCGCGUCCAGUGGCUUCUCCUCGCGCAGGUCUAGCCAGGACGGCUUCCAUCUUGAGGAUCUAUCUCCGGUGCAACAACAAGUGUCGGAGAUCAACAACCGCUACGAGCUGAUCGGCGCGAAACUCUCGGAUCGGCAGAACGAGAUAGACUUAUUGAGGGAAGAGAUCAGGAAACAUCUUGACAGUUUCCGAAUGCUUAAUUCGUUUUUGGAUAAAGUACAGAGACAAGUGCCAAAGGAUUCGGUACCUAGCACUAAGGACGAAGCAGACAAAACCAUCAAACAGUCGAGAGCUAUUCUAGAAGAGAUGUACGAGAAACAGAGCGUACUGGACUCUACCAAGACACAGAUUCGAGAACUGUUGAAACGCAAACAGAGCGUUCAGGGAUCGGACAGGUUGCAUGACGAGCUGCAGGAUAUCACCUCCAGGUGGAAGACCAUGCACGACGCGCUCAAGGACAAGAUCCAACUGAUGGAGGAAAUGAAGGAUCUCCUGGACACACACAACAGCCUUUCCCAGUGGCUGAGCGCCAAGGAGCGCAUGAUGGCUGCCCUUGGGCCCAUCUCCUCUGACUCGAGGAUGGUCAGCACUCAAGUACAACAGGUGCAAGUCCUUCGUGAAGAAUUCCGCAGCCAGCAGCCUCAGCUCUCUCACCUGCAGGAGGUGAGCACUUCGGUGCUGCCACGACUGCCGAAUGACCACCCCGACGUGUCCCGGCUGGCCGCUAACGUGCGAGCUCUGCAAGACCGAUGGGAUGACCUACUGAACAAAUUGGAACAACGUGCGGAGAGUCUCGGUGCAGCAGCGGACACGUCCCGGGAGUUCGACGCCGGACUGGAGAGGCUGCGGUACGCUCUGCACACCAUAUCCGAUAAGCUGGAUGAUGUGGCUACACAGAGAGACCCGACGGACCAGCUCAGGGUGAUCGAGAACUUGGAACGUCAGCUUGAAGGACAGAGGCCCCUUCUGGCCGAUCUGGAAGGUGCUGGUGCCGCAUUAGCCGAGGUGUUGGGAGACGCCAGCUCUAGACAGGACAUACAGAACAAGCUGGCGGCUGCUGGCAGACAGUAUGAUGCGUUACAACGCAAGCUUGACAACAGGAAGGCAGAGAUUGAGGCCGCUUUGAAGGACGGACGCAAGAUUGAAGAGAGCGUGGCGCGCACUCUGGGCUGGUUGCAGGGUGAGGCCGGAGGGUUGCCGUCUCGGCUGCUGGUGUCUGCUGACCGCAACAAGCUGCAGCAGGCCAUCGACGUGCACGAGCCGCUGUACCGGGGCCUGACCCAGCGCGAGCACGAAAUUGUUAUGCUGCUCGACAAAGGUCGUGAAAUGGAGAAAAAGCCAGCUUACCAGGGCCUGAGGAAGGAUCUAGACAGGAUCCAGAGCCAGUGGGACAAGCUGAAGAGAGAGACAGUCGACAGAUAUAACCGGCUGCAGACUGCAAUGGAACACUGCCGCAAAUACAACAAAGCGCAGGAGUCGUUCGUGCCGUGGAUGUCGGAGGUUGAGGACAGACUGAAGAACCUGCCUCCCGUGGCCUUCACCAGGAAAGAGCUUGACAAACAGAUCCGAGACCUGCAGCACAUCAGGAAUGAUGUCUGGAAGAGAUCUGGCGAAUACGAAAACAACCGAACCUUGGGCGAGACAUUCAUAUCGGCCUGCGACGUUGACCAGGACAUCGUGAGGAAACAGCUCGAUACCAUGAAGGACAGAUGGGACAGAAUUAAUAACGAGGUGCUCCAGCAGAUCGAAUACCUGGAGUCUACCAGUCGUAAGCUAGGUGAGCUGCUGGACAAGGUGCGCGGGGUGGAGGCUCCGCUGGCCCGCUGCGAGGAGCGCCUGCACUCGGCGCUGGGUGCUCCGCCGCAAGUGGCCCGGGACGGCCUCGCCACGCUCACUGAGCACCUGCACGCUCUGAAGGCGCCGCUACAGAACGUAAACGUAGCUGUAGACGAUAUCGUGUCGCUGGCCAAUGAGUUCGCCGGACCCGAAGCAGCUUCUCGCGCCAGACAAGUUCUGGAUGACACCGCCCGCUCGUUGGCUGACCGUCUACAUGACCUGGAAGCCAAGACUGACCAGGCCCGGGAACAACUUGCUGGCGCUGCUAAAGCAGUCUCCUUCUUCCAGGACAAAGUGAAAGCCGUACAAACAGAUCUGAAUGACUUAGAGAAAGAACUGGAUGGAAUGAAACCCCCGGGACGCGACGUCAAGACGGUGAAGGCACAACUUGAGGAUGUUGCCAAAUUUUACAAGAAGCUGGAGAGAGCCAUGGACUCAGUCGCUGAUGCUGAUAGAGUAGCAGAGAGUCUCGUUGAUGGGGGAUACGGAGAGGCUGCUAAGGCAAGAGAAAAUACAUCUAGCCUACAUAAGCAACUGAGCGAGAUGGAGUCACGAACCAGAAUGAGAGAACAAGACCUGGAGGAUACACUCAGCAAACUGGAGGCCUUCUACAAAGCUUACGACGCCGUCAUUGAUGAUAUUGACGAGGCUUCAGAACAAGUUCGCAAUCUCAAACCAGUAUCAUCUGACGUGGACCAGAUCAGAACACAGCAGAAGGACUUCAGUGAUCUCAAACAGAGGACCUUGGAACCCUUGGGCCAGAACGUGACCCAUUGCAAUAAGAUCGGCCAGGGGCUUGUCAGGACGGCACUGCAGAAUGUCUCCACCCAGGUUCUAGAGAAAGAUCUGGAGAAGUUGAAUGAUAAAUGGAAUACUUUGAAAGAAAAGAUGAACGAGCGGGGUCGCCGCCUGGACGUCGGUCUGUUGCAGUCUGGUAAGCUUGCAGAAGCUCUUGCAGGCCUGGCCCGCUGGCUCGCAGACACCGAAGAGCUGGUCCGGAAUCAGAAACCACCGUCUGCUGACUACAAGGUCGUCAAAGCACAGCUGCAGGAACAGAAGUUCUUGAAGAAAAUGCUGAUGGACCGCCAGAACUCUAUGUCGUCUCUGUUCGCGAUGGGCAACGAGGUGGCUUCCGGCUGCGACGGUGGGGAGAAGAAGGCGAUUGAAAAGCAGCUCAAGGGAUUGUUGCAGAGGUUCGACGCUCUCACCAGCGGGGCGCAGCAGAGGAUGCUGGACUUAGAGCAAGCUAUGAAGGUGGCAAAACAAUUCGAAGAACAACUGCACCCAUUGGUUGAGUGGCUGGGAGUGACGGAGCGUAAGGUGAAAGCUCUGGAACUGGUUCCCACAGAUGAGGAGAAGAUUCAGAUCAAGAUACGGGAGCAUAAGAACCUACACGAGGAUAUCCUGUCGAAGCAGCCGCCGUUCAAGCAGCUGACAGAGACCGCGUCAACUCUCAUGUCUCUGGUCGGAGAUGAUGAAGCCACUGCCCUUGCCGACCGACUACAAGCCGCCACUGAUAGGUACCAGGCCCUAGUAGACCACAGUCUGAAUAUCGGUGAUCUUCUCGACAAUAGCCGCAAGGGCUUACGUCACCUGGUGCUCACCUACCAGGACCUCUCCGCCUGGAUGGACUCAAUGGAGCAGUACCUCGCCAAAAGGAAGAUACUGCCCGUCCACAUGGAGAAACUGCUCAGGCAGAUGGAUGAAUUGGCGGAGAAAACUGAGGAGAUAUCCACAAAGCAAGAAACCGUGGACAGUACAGUGGAGUCAGGGUUAGAGCUGAUGAAGCAUAUCUCCGGAGACGAGGCUCUCCAGCUCAAGGACAAACUGGACGCGCUACAGCGGCGUUAUCACGAGUUGACUUCCCGCGGCGCUGACCUGCUUAAGUUGGCUUCAGAUACGUUGCCGCUGGUGCAGCAAUUGUACAAUUCGCAUAAUAAGUUAACAGAUUGGAUGACAAGCGCAGAGACUUGUCUCCAAGCCGUGGAGCCUCGAGAGGAAGAUAUUCUGCGGCUGGAAGGAGAGCUGCACGAGUUCCGGCCGCUGUUAGAUAACAUCAACCUGGUCGGGCCGCAGCUCUGUCAGAUAUCGCCGGGAGAGGGCGCUAUGCACGUGGAAGGUAUCGUGACACGUGACAGCCGCCGCUUUGAUGCCAUUGCUGAGCAAAUACAAAGAAAGGCUGAGAGACUCCUUCUCAGCAAGAAGCGUUCCCUGGAAGUAGUGGGAGACAUGGAAGAGCUGGUGGAAUGGCUACGCGCUGCGGACGCAAAGCUCCGUGCGUGCGAGCCGCCAUCUUGUUCCGCGGACAUUUUGCGUGCACAGAUUGCGGACCAGAGGCCGUUCAGCGAUGACGUAGCAGCGCAGCGUGUCCGAGCGAGAGAACUUAUCGCUCAGGCCAAGAAGGUGUUGCGAGAAUGCCAGUCGUCAGAAGAAGCUGGCGUGAUCAGAGAGAGGAGUGAAGAGUUGAAGGAAAUGACAGAAGAAGUGGGUCAUCUGAGCGCAGCGCGGCUUGCUGCGCUGGAGCAGGCUCUGCCGCUCGCGGAACACUUCGCGGACACACACCACGGAUUAUCAUCAUGGCUUGACGACAUGGAGAGGCAGGUACAAGUGUUGGCAAUGCCGGCGUUGAGACCAGAACAGAUUGUCCAGCAGCAAGAUAAGAAUGAGAUGCUCCAACAGUCGAUCGCCGGGCACAAGCCGUUAGUGGACAAACUGGUAAAGACCGGAGAGGCCCUGUCCCGUCUGUGUGGUGAAGACGACGCAGCCAAGGUUCAGGAUAUCGUGGAUGCUGACUGCGACCGAUACAAUGCGCUCCGAGCAGAGCUACGACAGAGACAACAGGAGUUAGAGCAGGCGCUACAAGAGUCUUCAGUGUUUGCGGAACGGCUGGAAGGAAUGGUUCGAGCCUUGGCAGGGGCACACGACCAGCUCCAACACGCCGAACCAGUCUCCGCGCAUCCUCAUAAGAUACAAGACCAGAUCGAGGAGAACAAUGCGCUGAUAGAAGACCUGGAUAAGCGUGCGGAAGCGUACCGCGCCGUACAGCGGGCGGCCAGUGACGUCAUGAGCAAGGCAAGCGCUACGGACCCCGCCGUCAGGGACAUCCGGGCGAAGCUCGACAAGCUGAACAAACUAUGGGAUGAAGUGCAACGCGCCAGCAACAACCGCGGCCAGUCGCUGGAGAGUGCUCUGGAGAUGGCACGCCGGUUCUGGCAGCAGCUGGAGGCGGUCAUGGCCCAGCUGGGGGAGCUGGAGGACACCCUGGCCGCGCAGCCGCCGCCCGCUGCUCAGCCGCACCACAUCCAGCACCAGCAGCUGCAGCUACAGGAGAUCAGGCAGGAGAUUGACCACACCAAACCUGAGGUGGAAAAAGUCCGCAAGACCGGUACAACGUUAAUGUCAAUGUGCGGAGAACCAGACAAACCUGAGGUGAAGAAGAACUUAGAAGACCUGGACACGGCCUGGGAUAACAUCACGGCGCUGUACGCAAGGCGGGAAGAGAAUCUCAUUGAUGCGAUGGAGAAGGCAAUGGAGUUCCAUGACACAUUACAGAAUCUACGAGAAUUCCUGGACACAGCUGAGGAGAAGUUCGCCCGCAUGGGUCCACUGGGCUCUGACAUCGACGGUGUCAAGAGGCAGAUCGCGCAACUGGCUGCCUUCAAGACCGAGGUCGACCCUCACAUGGUUAAAGUGGAAGCACUUAACAGACAAGCCGCUGAGUUGACGGAGCGGACGUCAUCAGAGCAGGCGUCGGCCAUCAAGCAGCCGCUGACGGAGGUGAACGGCAGGUGGUCGGCGCUGCUGCGCGGCAUGGUGGAGCGGCAGCAGCAGCUGGAGAAGGCUCUGCUGCGGCUCGGACAGCUGCAGCACGCGCUCCGGGACAUCCUGGCCUGGAUACAGCACACCAGCGACACCCUAGAUACUCUAACACCUGUGGCCGGAGACCCUCAAAUCCUGGAAGUGGAGCUGGCCAAGCUGAAGGUCCUAGUGAACGACAUCGCCGCGCAUCAGGCCAGUGUUGAUACACUGAACGAGGCCGGCGCUCAUAUUGUGCAUCAUGGUACGGACGAAGCCGGCGAGACGGCAGAGAAGCUGGCAACAUUGAACAGGAAGUGGCGAGAGCUGCAGCAGAAGGCUCGGGACAGACAGACGGAACUAGAGGACGCUCUCAGAGAAGCGCAAAGCUUCAACGCGGAGAUAGGUGAUCUGCUGUCGUGGUUGUCAGAAGUGGACGGAGUGAUCACUGCGUCCAAACCCGUGGGUGGUCUGCCCGAAACUGCCACCGAACAACUUGAAAGAUUUAUGGAGGUGUACAACGAGAUAGAAGCUAACCGUCCCAAGGUGGAAGCAGUCCUGCAGCAGGGACAGGAGUACAUCAAGCGGCAGCAGAAGCCAAACCCCACCUCGCAGCUGCAUCUGAGCCUUAAGAACUUGAAGUCGAAAUGGGACAACGUCACAUCCAGGGCUUCAGACAAGAAGAUAAAGCUUGAGAUAGCACUGAAGGAAGCCACAGAGUUCCACGAAGCGCUCCAGUCGUUCGUUGACUGGCUGACUGCGGCUGAGAAGACGCUGUCAUCCGCUAAACCUGUCUCUAGGGUCAUGGAGACGUUACUGACACAAGUGGAGGAACACAAAGCCUUCCAGAAGGAAGUGUCGACCCACCGAGAGACCAUGCUGCAACUAGACAAGAAGGGCACACACCUGAAGUACUUCAGUCAGAAACAGGACGUGAUCCUUAUCAAGAACCUGCUGGUGUCCGUCCAGCAUCGCUGGGAGAGGGUGGUCUCCAAGGCCGCGGAGAGGACCAGGGCUCUGGACCAUGGACUGAAGGAGGCCAAGGAGUUCAAUGAUAUGUGGAACAACUUGAUGAAAUGGCUGAAUGAGACGGAGAAACAAUUGGACACUCUCAACUCUGAAGCCAACGUCAACGACCCCGAGAAGAUUAAGCAGAGGUUGAGUAAACAUCGCGAGUUCCAAAAAGCCUUGGCGGCAAAACAACCAGCUUACGACCUGACCACAAAGACAGGCAAAAAUCUAAAGGAUAAGGCACCCAAGGGUGACGAGCCAGCACUGCGUGAGAUGUUGAGCGACCUCAAGAGCAAGUGGACCACCGUCUGCUCGAAGGCUGUUGACAGACAAAGACGUCUAGAAGAAGCGUUAUUAUACUCAGGGCAGUUCAAGGACGCGAUGUCCGCACUACUCGAAUGGCUGAAGAAGCAGGAGAAGGAACUUUCAUCUGACUCUCCCGUGCAUGGAGAUCUGGACACUGUCAUGGCACUUAUUGAACAACACAAGCAAUUCGAGGAAGAUCUUCACUCGCGCGAACAACAAAUGCAAUCCGUUAUCAAGACCGGCGGUGAGCUUGAAGCUACGGUGCCAGCUGAGGAUGCCGUCAGCAUCAGGUCGCAGUGCAGUGCUCUGCAGCAGGCGUGGCAGCGCGUCACCUCGCUCACGGAGAGGAAGGCCACCAGGCUCGAAGCAGCGCUCAAAGAGGCGGAGCGGCUCCACAAAUCAGUGAAUAUGCUGCUAGAAUGGCUCUCGGAUGCGGAGACCAAGCUUCGAUUCUCUGGCCAACUUCCCGAGGGAGAACAGGAGACGGACCAACAGCUGCGGGAUCACGAGAAGUUCAUCAGAGAGCUGAAUGAGAAGAAGCGAGACAAGGACGAUACUAUAUCGCUCGCACACUCUAUCUUGGGCAGGGCUCAUCCCGACGCAGUGACCGUUAUCAAGCAUUGGAUUACCAUCAUACAGAGUCGAUGGGAUGAGGUGUGGCAAUGGGCAAUGCAACGCGGAGGCAAACUGGAGACGCACAUGAAGAGUCUGAAGGAUCUCGACCUGGUGCUCGAAGAGUUGCUGCAGUGGCUCACAGGGUUGGAGACCACGUUGAUCACAUUGGAAGCGGAACCUCUGCCUGAGUCUAUCGAAGUUUUGGAAGGUCUGAUCGAAGAUCACAAAGACCUGAUGGAGCACACGCAAAAGCGACAAAACGAAGUCGAUCGAGUCUGCAAAGCAUAUCAGGUCAAGAGCCAAAGCGUAGCGCGUGAGUCGACGCCUCGCAAAAUAUCUGCCAAGAGUGCUACUAAAGGAAUGACAGGACGCGGAUCUCAACACGACUUGCAUAGAGACAGAUCCGUUUCGCCAGACUAUUACGGCACUAGGCGUUACAGAUCCAGGAUUCACUCGCGAUAUAGGAGAGGAAGUCGGCUGAGUCCAGGAAGAGAUUCGCCCGAUCGUAUCCUGCCACACUACGGACCACGAUUCCCGCCAAGGGGAAGCGUUGGCGCAGAGCCAGAAUUCAGAUCGAGCCGCGUGAAGCAACUGUGGGACAGAUGGCGCAACGUGUGGCUGCUGGCUUGGGAGCGGCAGAGGAGGCUCCACGAGCGGCUGAUGCACCUGAAGGAGCUCCAGAGAGUGUCCAACUUCAGCUGGGACGACUGGAGGAAGCGGUUCCUCAAGUUCAUGAACCACAAGAAGUCCAGACUUACGGAUCUCUUCCGCAAAAUGGACAAGGACAACAACGGACUUAUACCCAGGAACGAAUUUAUUGAUGGCAUUACUAACACCAAAUUUGACACGUCGCGAUUGGAAAUGGGCGCCGUCGCCGAUCUGUUUGAUCGUAACGGCUCCGGUCUUAUUGACUGGGAGGAGUUCAUCGCUGCACUUAGACCGGACUGGGUGGAACGUCGAGGCCCACCCACAGACGCAGACAAGAUCCAUGACGAGGUAAAGCGUCUGGUGAUGCUUUGUACCUGCAGACAGAAGUUCAGGGUGUUCCAAGUUGGAGAGGGCAAGUACAGGUUCGGGGAUUCUCAAAAGUUGCGCCUCGUGCGUAUCCUACGAUCGACGGUGAUGGUGAGAGUUGGUGGGGGUUGGGUGGCACUCGAUGAGUUCCUCGUCAAAAACGACCCCUGUCGAGCCGAGGAGUUUAUGGAGCAGUUGAGGCCAAUAUUUGAGGCUUUGCGACAAAGAGAGGAGCUCCCAUGCUCGUACCCGCUGCACGUGGGUUCGACGCAUGGCACAAAGCAAGCGUUCAUAUACGGCCACUCAAGAUCGCAGGGUUCAGCGACACCGGGUCACCACUAUACCCACCACCACGGUUACCAAGCUUCUCCGGGACCUCAAUGGGUAAGGGAAAGAACAGCUCGCUCUGUACCGAUGUCGGCUGGCGGGGCACCUGGUCGAGCUUCCAGGUCUUCAUUGAGCGCGGGUACUCCAGACUCGCUCAGCGACAACGAGGCGGCUAGUGGACUAGGUCAGCGGUACAGGAAGCCAAGCGUACCUAGAUCAACGCUAACACCUGGUGGGUCUAGGCCGGGGUCCAGGCCUGGCUCCAGGGCAGGAUCAAAGCCUCCAUCUAGGCACGGAUCUAACCUCUCAUUAGACAGUACAGAUGACGUAUCGACGCCAUCUCGGAUCCCGAUGCGCAAAGUGACAAACACACGGGCGUCGCUCGCACGCGCUGCCGCUACAGCAAGCAAGCUCGGGACCUCCACGCCGAAUGGCGGAUCACGACCACGCACCCCCACCGGAAUACUUACGCCAGCUAGCGGAAGGUAUCAUAGUGGCGCGAUGUACCGAACAUCGAGCAUACCAACAUUGUCGCCGGUGACCGCGCUAGUGAGCUCGACACAUUCCCAGCCAUCUUCAAUGGCGUCUGAACAUCCCAAAUCCUUAUCCCGUACUCACCCUGCAUUCCAAACUCAAGGUUCCACGAAGAUUCCCAUAUUCGUCGGAAAUCGUUCGCAACGUUCUCCGUCCACUGAAAGAAGACAGAAAUCCUCGCGCAAGUCACAUUCCCGUGAGGCAUCCCAAGAGCCCAGUCCUAUGUCCAACGAUCCGAAAUCUGACCAAAGGAGUCCAGAAGAUGAUUCCUCUCUAUUCAGUAUAUCUGGAAUGACGAGCGACAACGAAUGCGAUAGCAAUAUAAGCGAAUCAAGCGGCGACGGAUCGAAACCAACCCAACGCGACAUUAAAGGGAGUGGGUCGUUCGCCUCUAGCGAUGGCCACACCCCCGGCAGGAGUCGCAUUCCGGUACCUAAGGAGCACCACACUAACAUUAGUCAUAGGCAAAGGACGCCAUCAGGCAGCAACACACCAGUGCGACCGGGACAGCAAACUGCGACAUCACGUCUGUUAAGGAAACCCUCAGAUGCGUCCGACAGUGGUACGCCGACUACGCCUGUUGCUCGACGCAUUACGCCCACCUCUCGCACAACAGAUAAACGAGAACCAUUCAGACUAUAGAUAAUAUUUAAUCGAAUAACGACUGGUCGCUUUGACGUGCUUUUAUAACCCGUAGAGCCGGAAAUAUCCUGAGCUAUUUUUAUAUUAUGUUUUUAUGAAAAAGUCACAAAGGUAAUUGUGUAAUUGAUCCUUUUAGAAUUAAUAUAAUUCGAUUGGAGUAUUACUUUUGUUUUUUUGUAGACCCGGCUCUGAUCAUAGAUAAAGCAUGCAUAGUGCUCGCCAUCUUCAUAGCGUUAUAUUAAACGAUUAAAUAAAUACGUAUUUAAUAUUAUAAUAAAGUCAAAGCGACACAAGUUAAAACUAACAGAGAAUUAACACUCGCGAAUUAAGCUAAGCUUGCAAAUGAUGAAUUUGCGGAUGUGGCUUUUAAUUAGUUAACCAUAGAUAUAGAUAAACACAAAGUCUGCACUCGUUGCCUUGUAUUCUUUUCUACUGAGCAAAUUAUAUUCUUAGUUCCCUAGAUUCUAUACGUUACACAAUUUUUCUAUUUGUAUUAAUUGUGAAUAUUCUUUCUUAUUUAUUGUCAAUGUUGCCAUAAUUGUUAGUGUAUAUACGUAAUGUCUUGAAGCUGACGAGGAUGAUUGUGUUGGUAGGGACCAUUUAGUUUGCGUUUCGUCUGAGUGUCAAUAAACUCUUUUUUAUUGUUUGCUUUGACCACAAUAUCGCCAAAUUGUGGCCAAUGGAUAAUAUCGAAGAGUUUAUCUGCCCGUAAAGUGAUAAUAGAAAUAAUUUCUUUUCGUAAUGCACAAUCGUGUCUGGUAAUAUUGUUUAUAUUUGCUGCCUUAUUAGGUUCUGCGUUACAUUAUGUAUGUGAUUAUAUUUAUUGUAAGAUUAUCGAUUUGCCGUGUUGAAAUAACAGCGAGACGCCGUCGUGUGAUGUUUCAAUACGAUAAAUAAUGCUCAUUAAAGCGAAAUUCCAUUGCGGACUUUUUUAUUUUUAAGUUACUAAAGUACAUUUCUGUCGAGAAAAAAGACAUUAUUAAUGUAAGAAUAUUAAAAUGAACGCUUUAAAAUGUAACCUUUACGAUGUUAACCAACUCACAUUAACUUUUUACUAUGAAACUGACAACUAUUAGCGUCUACUAUAAUUAUUAGAGCUAUAAUCAGUGGUUAAAUAUAUUAAUCUGGUCAUUUUUUUAUUUAAAUCAUUGUUGUAUUGUUAUAUAUUAUGUAAAAUCGAAGCAAAUAUAAUAAAGCUUGUAAUAUUUUUUGUAAAUGAUUCUGAAGAGCUACUGCAGUUUAAAAUCUCAUAUUUGAUUUCCAAAUAAAAAGUAACAAUUUAAA